CGAAGACUGGUUGUCUAACGUGAACACGAAGAAAAUUUUACAAUGAAAAAACAAUAAUAAAAUAUCCUAUUAUAAGGGUGAGAAGAUUUUCGUAAUAUUUUUCAUGAUUCAAUAUAUGUUACAAGUUUUUCUGCAACAAGUGUUCAGGUUUUCUUCGAUUUUUUUUAAAUCUCCCGAUCGACAUUUCAUGUACUACAACCUAACGGAACAUGUGUGAUGUGAUUAAUCAAUGAAGGCAUUCUCAUCAACUUUUUCCUAAUCCCUAGGCGCCUUUAAGGUUGGCACGUCAUUUAGUAAUAAAAAUUAUCUUUUAAUAACUGUAUGUAGUCCCUGUGUAAGACAGGGGUGAAAUCAUCUGAACUGCGGUCAAUCCAUAAUUGAUCUUUUGCCUAAAAAAUAAUAAGCCUCGGAACACCAUUCGAUCGAUAGCAACAUUCUUGCAGAAUUACCGCUAAAAUUGUGAGAAAAAAAAUUCUAUGGCUCAUAUCAGGUUUCUUACCUAAUGAACAUAUAAUCAUAUGUAAUAUUGCUUAAUUUCUUUUCGUAGUUGAAAUCACGCGAUCGUCACUCUUGAAUUGUAACGUAAACGACCAUGCGAAUCAACUGAUCGGUGUUUGUACUUUAGAACCCCUCCAACUGCCCAUAAUUCCAUCACGUUUCACAGAACGAUCGUUAUUACACCGAUUUCUGUUAAAAAAUGUUGAUUAAUUCGUGUUCUUUGACCAUUCCAACUAAUUAUACUUAUCAACUUCCACCGUACCAUAAAUGGUGCCCGGUCGAUAUAACUAGAGUGAGUAUAUGAUAGCGAUUUCAUCGGAAUGAAGCCGGUCAGCCAGAGGUGAUAGGUUGAGGUGUGUGUUUUUUCCGAUCCGAGCUCUAAUAUAGCUAUUAUUCCAAUAGAGCGAGUUCCUCCCGAAAGGUGAACAACAGUAGUAAUUUGUGGGUGAUAAAUGAAAUUGUCAGAAUAUUCAAAUCAAGUGGAACAAUUAUUAUUCUCGGUACCUCGUUGCAGCAUCUCGGCUAUCUCAUUGCAUCAACAACAGGAAAAAACGAUGGUUGUAAACGAUCUGAAGGAAGUUGUCGUUCCGCUGGUAAAUUCCACCGAGAAGAAUGCCCCAACGGUGCUCAGUUUCAAAAAUCUAAGCUUCAGCGUGGGUCAACGAUCGAAAUCGAAACUGCUGCUGGACAAUGUUUCCGGUUCGUUCCGUUCCGGUCGGCUGACUGCCAUCAUUGGCCCCUCCGGAGCGGGAAAAUCUACCCUACUGAAUGUUCUCAGUGGAUUUAAUGCCGAUGGAAUAAGCGGACAAAUACUGGUGAACAACAAAGAGCUCAGUCGCCGGAAGUACCGGCAAAUCGUGGCCUACAACGAGCAGGAAGUGGAUCUGCUGCCAAACAUAACCGUGAGGGAAACUCUCGCCUAUGCCGCCGAUCUUAAGCUACCCUCAUCGGUGGGCAAAUUCCAGAAGCAGAAAAUUGUCAGCGAAAUUAUCAACCUGCUCGGAAUGGAACGAUGUGCCAACAAUCAGGCUCGAGUGCUUUCCGGUGGAGAAAGGAAGCGACUUUCCAUCGGUCAAGAGCUGGUUUCCAAUCCGAAAAUCAUGUUCUUCGAUGAACCCACCAGUGGACUGGAUAGCAAAUCGUCCUUCCAGGUGAUUUCGUAUCUGAAAACGAUGGCCCAGCAGGGAAGGUGUGUGGUUAGUGUGAUUCAUCAGCCGAGUUCGGAUCUGCUGGAACUGUUCGACGAUGCUUAUGUGGUGACAGAAGGCCAAUGUCUGUAUCGGGGUUCAUUGACAGAUAUGAUUCCGACCUUUGCCGAAGUUGGCAUCAUUUGUCCACAGUAUUAUAAUCGGGCCGAUUUUGCUAUCAAAAUUGCCUCUAAGACAACCAUCGAGCCAGAUAAAAUCGAGAAAUUGAUGAAAAAGAUGGAAGAUGAUACUUCGUUCACGUUGAUGCAAAAUGGUACGGAACAUCAAAAUGGUUCCCCGGGUCCAGGUCAAGAAGUCCACCGGAAAUCCCAGUAUCCGACCUCCCAAUGGUACCAAUUUGCCAUUUUGACUCACCGAACGGCCCUGGGAACGGUACGCAACUUUAUGUUAACGGCACUGCGCUUCACCGUACACGUCCUGUUCGGAUUCGUGGUCGGAUUUGUCUACUACAACAUAGGAAACGAUGCCGAUAAGGUCAUUUUCAACGUGUCCUUCUGUAUGGUGGUGCUACUGUUUAUCGUCUUCGCUAAUGCCAUGACUGUUGUUUUAACAUAUCCCCUCGAGAUGGCAGUUUUCGUGCGGGAGUACAAAAGUAACUGCUACUCGACGACGGCGUACUUUUUCUCCAAAGUGGUGGCCGACUUUCCGCUGAUGAUAGCCGGCGUUAGCAUGUUUUCGCUGAUCGUGUGCUACAUUUCCGGUCAACCGACCGACCUUUUCCGGAUGCUUAUGGUGUGGUCUAUGUGCUGUUACAUGGGAUGGUUUUCGCAGGUUUACGGAAUGCUGGGUGGAAGUAUAUUCCCGAUUGAUGUUAGCCCGUUUGUUAUUCCGGCCACGCUGAUUCCGCUGGUGCUGUUCAGUGGGUUUUUCGUACGGCUAGGAGAUCUUCCGGUGGUAUUUCAGCCAUUUACCUGGAUUUCGCCCUUCCGGUACACUUUCGAGGGUGUGGUUGUUGCGCUCUACGGAUAUAACAGGACCUAUCUGGAUUGUAGUGAAAUCUUUUGCUACUACCGGAAACCGAUUAAAAUCUUGGAGAUGUUGAACAUGGAGAACAGCAGCUAUUGGAUGGAUUUCACCUGUCUGGUAGUUGUGAUUUUCUUGCUGCAUGUGAUGUUGCUUUUAAGUUUGUGGUGGAGAUUACGGUGAUUUAACGGUGUAAAUAUAUUUGGAAUGUGAUACUGAUGUUACCUGGUGAAUAGGAUUUAGAUAUAUAAGAAACUGUUGUAAAUACAUAUGAAGAAUUGAAA